CUUUCCCUCUCUCUGUGGCAACCUGUCGCCUCCUUUCCCCAUUUUUCCUCUUCCGUGUUUUUGUUUUGUUUUACUCUUAUAUCCAUAUUGCUCAUGUAUUCUUUUUAAGACUCCUUCGUCUUCGUUUUGACACCAUUGUGCAACCAGUCCAACCAUUGUCUUCAGUUUGCUUUAAUCGUUCAACCAAAAUUUUAUUUGAAACAUAUAUAUCAUUUAAUGUAAAUGCUAGAUUAAAUAUGUAAUUAUAUAUGUAUAUAUACAUUUUUCGACUAUUUGUCUCCGUAGACUUAUAGAAAGCUGGGGGGGGGGAUCCCAAUCGCAUUGCUAUUAAACACGUAGUGCACUGUGUACGCUGUGUGAGCCUGUGUUUAAGAGGGCGCUGUUCAAGGGAACACUGUGCGGAUUGGGACGCGGCCCUCCCUAAAAGGCGCUAAGCUACUUAGUUUCCCUCUGAUGUUGAUUUAUCUUUUUAAAAUGUUUUCGCAGAUCAAAAGAAAGAAGUCAUGGCGACAGACGGGGGGAAGUCAGGUGGUGGUGAAAAGGGCAAUAAAGGAAAAACAUCCACGCAGCCACAUGCAGUAAAAUAGGCGGCGUGGGCGGGGAGGGGCAGCCCGGCGUGCAGCAGCAGAUCAUCAUCGACCCCAGCCAAGGGUUAUUGCAGCUCCAGAACGCCCCUCAGCAGCUGGAGCUUCUCCCUGCUCAGUUCACAGGAAACGGCUGGCAGAUCAUCGCCGCUUCGCCUGCUGCAACAACAACAACCGUAACCAAGGACAACAUGCAGGCUUCUGGCAUGGCCACCGUAGCAACAGGGACAAGCGUGGUCCCUGUUGAUGCCACACCCGGACGAAAGGUUAAAUCGGCCAGUUUAAACAACGCGUCAGUCGCGCAGCAGCAGCAAUUUCAGAUCAUCCAGGUCCAAAACAUGCCUAAUUCCACAGGAGGGAUUCAGUACCAGGUGAUCCCACACUUGCAGACCGUCGACGGUCAGCAGAUCCAGUUAAACCCCAGCAACGCAACCACUUUAAGCGUCCAGCCUGAGCAGAUUCAACUCAUUAACGCUCCUAACAAUCAAGCCAUCUUAGCCACGCCUCCAAGAGCCACGUCGGCCAAUGUAGUUUCCCAGAAUGUCGCAAAUCAGGCCAUCCCUCUGCAGAUUCGGCCCUCAUUUCCACUCCAACUGAGCACGCAAGCCCCCAUGGUCACUACAAUACCCAUAAAUAUUGGUGGUGUCACUUUGGCGCUGCCCGUCAUCAACAACGUGGCGGCCGCAGGAGGAGGAUCAGUGCAGCUUCUGCAGUCGAGCGACGUAAAUGUGGCGAACGGCAGCCAGUUGAUCGCGACCAGCGUGGAAUCAACAUCCGGGACCACCAGCUUGACUACAUCAGGGGGCACAGACUCCAUCUCUGCAGACGCUACCGCCUUAACUUCAGUGUCAAUGUCAUCUGAUGCUGGUGCAGAGGGGCAAAAAGACAUACGUGCCCAGGGCGGCGAUUCUGACAACCAGAGCACGGUUCAGUCCAACGGGCUACAAGUGUCUGAGCAGCAGGCCCCGGUGCAGCAGUUCCACAUCGUUAGUCACCCGAUGCUGCAGCAGAUCCAGAUCCAGCAGCCACAGCAGCAGACACAGGCACAACAGCAACCCCAGCAGCUGGUCCAGGGCUCCAUUCAGUUACAGCCGGCUCAGACGCUGCAGCAGAAUGUACAGCUGCAGGCUUUUCAGAACCCCGCACAGGUCCUGAUUCGGGCCCCCACGCUCACACCAACCGGCCAGAUCAGCUGGCAGACGGUGCAGGUUCAGAACGCAGGUAUGGCUCAGCAGCUAACGCUGGCUCCGGUGGCCUCCAGUCCGAGCGGUGGUGCAUUCACACAGAUCGCUCCUCUCACUAUCGGAGGAACGCCCAUCACGCUGAACACGGCCCAGCUGGCCUCAGGGACAGGAAUGCAGACAGUCAACAUUGCAGGUCUGGGGACUGCAGGGGUCCAGGUGCAGGGUGUCCCACUCACUAUUGCUGGAGUGCAGGGCCAGCAGCAGGCUCAGGAGGGUAUUAAAGUCCAGUCCAGCCCUGUGACCGUCACUGUAGGGAACUUGAGCAACACCAGUCUGAACGCAGUUAGUCCAGACCAACUAGGGCAGGCACAGAGUCCUUCGGAGCAGGAGGGUCAGCCGAGCAAGAGGCUGCGCAGGGUGGCAUGCUCGUGUCCCAACUGCAGAGACGGAGAGGGCAGGAACAACAAUGACCCGUCGAAAAAGAAGCAGCACGUGUGUCACAUGGAGGGCUGCGGGAAAGUCUACGGCAAGACGUCUCACCUGCGAGCUCACCUGCGCUGGCACACUGGAGAGAGGCCCUUCGUUUGCAACUGGAUCUUUUGUGGAAAACGCUUCACCAGGAGCGACGAGCUUCAGCGGCACCGCAGGACACACACGGGUGAGAAAAGAUUCGAGUGUCCGGAGUGUUCCAAGAGGUUCAUGAGGAGCGAUCACCUGUCGAAGCACAUCAAAACCCACCAGGGCAAAAAGGGAGGUGCCGCGUUGGCCAUCCUCACCACGGAGGACAUGGAGGACGAGGUAGAGGAGGCGCUGAGCUCGCCCAGGAUCGUCACCGUCGCCUCCAUCUCGCAGGAUUCCGACCCGGCCACGCCCACGACGUCUAACAACCUGGAGGAGGAGUUCGAGUAGCUCGGGGUCCUGAUCCUCCACUCAAAGCACCAUGUUCUAUAUCAGCUUUUAGUUGUCUGUCUUUUGUUUGUUUGUAAUUUUCGUUCUUUUUAGAAUGGACAGCUCUUGAAGUGCAUCAGCUUUUCAGAUUUUUUCAUAUGAAAAUGUAAAAAAAAAAUAUAAUAGAAAAAGAAUCUAAAGAUUAUGAAUUUACCGUUUGGUUUUUAAGAGACGUACAGUGAUUACCGGAAAUGAGACGAGGUGUCAGAGUGUUUUAUUUACAGGAGUAGGAGGGAUCUGUUGUUCCCAGUACGCAAAUCCACUAUAAAGAGUCUUUUCCUUUAGGAUUAAAUUAUGUCUCUAUGCACAAAAUUGUACAUCUUUUUUUUUGUUGUUUGUUUGUUUUCUUUUCUCAAAUUAUGAAUCAACUUAUUAUCAGGAGUGGGAGGUUGGUGUAAAUGUAGGUUUUUAACAAACUAGACAGCAGUUUUUUGUGAAUGCAGUUGGAUAAGAUUUGGAACUGAACAGCUGUAGAACGCCGAUCUCUUAACCGUCAUCGCAUCAGCAGACGACUGUUCAGCGCCUCACUCUUAGACCUUAGGCAAAGUCCAUGUAUGCAGAUUUCAAGAAGAUGCACGAAAGGAAAGUUAAAGAGAGGAUAAGGCGGAACCUGACACAGUCACACAGUAGAGUCCUAAAAAGCACAAAUUGAAAAAUAUUUAUAUUUAAAAAAGAAAGAGAUGAUACAUUCCUAUAUGAACAGAGAGAUGAUGUGAGGAUUAAAAAAAAAAAAAAAGAGUUGAAUUUGGCUUCCUGAUAUUUGCUAUGUUAAAUGAAAGCAAUACUAUAACGACAAUCCUUGUGAAACCAUGUUUACAUUAAAUAGGAGGCAGAAUAGAUUUUCUUUAAGAAGCGAAGAAAAGAAAAAAACCUACAGCAAACAGCCUAAAGGGUUUUUUUGCUUCUCAAAAGUCAUAUGAACUGUCCUACAAUGCCUUAACACAGAGCAGUGAGCAAGAGGCUCAUGUCGGGGUGGGGGGUGGUGGGUGGGUGGGGGAUAUGUAGGGGGAAAAAAAGGGAGGGGUCGGGGGGUGGUGAAGGAGAAGCGGGUCUUUCAAAGAAGAGACGACAAUUUCGUGUACAGUUGCACACAGCUGACCACACGCUUCUUUUCUAUGCUAGUGAACACUGUGGCCAGUAAGGAGACGUCAAUUUUAAAUCUCAGUUCGAUGACAUGUUGUACGCGCUCCUCAGCUAUUUGCUCCUCUUGUUAGAUUAACAUCACCUUCGUCAUCAUCUUCGUCACCCCCAUCAUAUUCUUAGUGUCAGUGCCAUUAAAUAUGUCCGCUUUCUGAUUCGUCGUAGAUCUGCGGCCACAUGCUCGGCCAGUCGAGCUCUCGUAGCUUAGUUUGGUGUUAUAAAAUGUGUCUGGUGGUGUGUUUUUUUUUUUUUUUUUUUUUUUUUUUUUGUGAAAAUCAAAAACAAAUUUAAGAAUUUAUGUUUUUUUAUGUCCUUUUACUUUCUUUUUCCUGGUUUUAUAUGUUACCACAGACUGUUUAAUAUCCCUAAUUUAUUAUUUAUCUUUAUUUCAAUGUUUGCCCUUUUUCAGAGUUGCUGGUGUGUAUUGUAUGCUGUUAAGUCUGAGAUUACGUGCAGCAUGUUUUUUUUUUCUCACCCUGGUAUAAGCAAUUAUUUCUUUCUAAUCGUGGUCCUUUUAUAAACAUAACCAUAGCUUUUUAAUUUAUAUGAAAUUUGUCUCUCACACCAUAACAUAUUUAAAAAGAAAAAUUUGAAAAAGAAUUCUGAUACCAAACGAUUUAGAUGUUUUUGGUAAUAUUUUGUGUGAUCACUGAAUUUUUUUUCUUCAAUAUUUUCUAGUGGCAUCUCAUUUGUAAAUCUUUUUCUAAGAUGUUUCUUUGUGUUCAUGACAUUUAAUAUUUUUUUGUUUUGCCAGGUUAGCCUGAAAGGCUUCAGUUUAUUGAUAUUUUUUAAAAAAAAUAACUUUGUACAAAUGUGUUAUGUUAAUGGGUAAAAAAAAAAUGAAAGAAAAAGAGAAAGUCCUUUGCCUGCAUAACACUUGAAAUUAAAAGUGAAUAAAUCGGUCUUAAUUAUA